AUCCGAUCACACUCUUCGGAUGUCCAUAUCAAUCAGGCAGCUUAUAAGUCUGAUAAAGGUACUUGGGAGAGAUGCUGCGACUACUCGAGACUACCGAUAUUAUUCUUUGGGAACUCUUCCUGAGCUUUUUCGUCUGUGGAAAGUCUGAAGACGAUCUCGAGAAGUCUUUCACUAUUCAUUAGCUCUUUAAAUGAGUCAAUUCCCUUCCCAAGGCAACAGUUGGUCCAUGAACCAGCUCUCAACAAGGGAGCUUUGCAUAUCACAAUGACCGACGAGUGCCAGGAACCCACAGAAUACGAAUACUCGAACUACCAUGUCAAGUGGCUCGGGAAAAACUACAAGCUAGGCGAUCCAACUCAUGGAUCGACCCUGGAUUCGGAUCUCGAAAACUUUGCUAGGGAUGAGCAUCUUCGUGCGAAGGAAGCAAUGCACAGCCAAUCUCUGAGAAGUGCCCGCGCCCUUUGUGCAUUUCAUGGUUAUGGAAGAAACUCUGUGUGGCCACCAGUUGACCCGGGAAGGCCUACCGAAGAGCUUUUGGAAGAAUUUAGGCAUGUCAACCAGGUCGUUCAAUCGGAAUGGUCGAGAUUCAUUGAACUCGUAGUCGGCAAAGAGCGAGAGAUCCAGGAGAUCAUCAUAAACCUCACUGAUGGAAAAAUCAGAGACCAAAAUGGGAAGAUUCUAUGCAUUCAAGACUGCCUAGAGAACAGCUGGGAAGAGACCAGAAACGCAUUCAAUGCCCAAUACACCAAAAGUCGUUCAGAGUCAAGACCCGUGCACAUGGAGAGUGAUUUCAGCCUAGAUCCUGAAGGCCAUAUCAACCCCAACCAUUCAAGUGAUCUCGACGAGUUUGCCCAUGAAUAUCUCCGCAACGUCAGAGUCAACGUCCACUGGAAAAACAACGGUGUACCGAGGAUGCUCGAGGAAAAGAGACAGUACCCAAUCUAUCGCAGUACAGCCAACUAUCACGACGACAGGGAGGCUAUGGAAGAUGCUAUCAUGGACGAUGUCAAGUUCCGAAAUUUGAGGAAACCCAGUCCAGACCCUGCAGCAGACGCCUCUGAACAAGCCGGGUGUAACUUCGAAGUAGAAGAUGCACUGCGAAAGCAAAGAGCUCAUUUCUUGGUCUCGCACAUCAACAAGGAGGAUCUUUCUAUCCCGCUCAAUAUGCUCAUGUUCAUCCACUAUCGGGCCCGACUUCACCCCAUUGAGUUUGCUUUCCAAGAUAACAAUAGCAUGCACCUAGGAAAGCAGUCCCACAUUUUGUCAGGCGCUUGCGAUCCUUCGUUUUAUGUCAUGUUUGUCCCGGUAAAAGACCAUGAGUACGAAAAUCGAUACCAAAGAGCUUGGUAUGAACCCAAAAUCUUGUCCAAGCACUCACCCGAGAUGGAUGAAGACAGGUUUGAGGACUUGCAAUCCGCCGGACGGAUUUUCGGUAGCAUGGAAGCAUGGCUUAUACUACAGUCCCAAGCAAUUACAUACCUUUUCUUGGCUACUUUCUGCAAACAGAUGCUAGAUCUGGCAAAGCAUGAGCUGAUCACCGGCCAUACUAGCAGACUCAACAAAAAGGAGAUUCUGGAAAUUGAGAUUUCAGCAGGACAAAAGAUCAAGAUGCUGAAAGAAAAGAAAGGAACCGAAACAAUGCAAGACAUCGCAUCGAUUCGACAAUAUGAGCCAAAUUGCACUGGGGUCAACCUACAGAGGUAUCGCACCAAGCUCAAGGAAAAAAGUGCAGCGGCUGAAGACCACAUCAAGAAUCUUUUUGACGACCCUGCCUAUCUAGUCAAAUACAUCGUGGAACAAAAGGAUCAUCAUUGGACUAAUAUUGUCGAAGACUCAACCUAUCUGCCGAAUGAGUACUCUCAGAGCUACCAUGACGCAAUUUUGCGUAAAGUACUAUAUCGAAGUUGCAUGAGAAGUGUACUUAGAAGAGCCUUUUUCGAGUUCUUCAUUUGGGAUGCCGUUACAAAUGCCUUGGAAGAUUUUGAAACCUUCGAACGGGAGACACUCAAAGAACCACCCAAGAUGGAAGAAUUCGGAUACUGCAGGAGGACAGCUGCACCUAGGCCUCAUGUUUCUGAAGAACUUUAUACCUAUACAGCGAAAUACCGUCAACUUCAGGAGUUGAUCCGGCACGCCGCGGCUUUCUUCAUCUUCGAAUUCCGUAAAGAAGCAAUUCAUGCCGCGUCUGAGCCCAUGCGCAACACCUACCUUACCACUAGAAGGCCAGAGUACAGGCAGGACUGGUUGAUCAGAGAGUACUAUGACAGUGAAGACAUUAUACUUGACUUCCAAGAAGAGGCUUUGCACAGUGGCCGAGGGGAAAAACAUCGUAUCGUGGCUGAGCUUAUUGAGAACUUCAUUUCGAAUAAGCAUUCCUCUAUGUAUGUCGGCAUCCGGAAGACUACGGAUAAAGUAAAGAGGCAUAUCGAAGCCCACAACAGUGAUGUUGAGCCAGAAGACAAGUUCUCCAAUCUGAUCAGCCAAACAAUCGACGGUUUGGAUUUGCUCGCCGAUGUUGCAGAGCAUCUGGAACUUAUACCAGGCAUGUUCCGCAAAUUUAACGACUGGACGAAAGAGUCCGAGGAAGAUGUUCGCGAAACGGUCUCGAGGAUGCUCCAGGAAUUUUCAUCAUAUGACCUUCUUGCGCUCGAUAACUGUGAUUUUCAAGACCAACACGUCCCUGCUAAACGGACGCAUCGAAUAUUCCGCUUUCUCGACGAACUGCAAGGAUUUGAUGUCAAAGAAAAAGAGAUGAGCUUUGGAAAGGCGAAGGGCGACAUCCAGCGCUUUGGUGCCUCUCUUCUCCGGGGGCUUAUCUAUCCAUUGAAUGAAAAAGCCGAUAAGCUUGUAUAUCGGUACAAAACCUGGGGCAUGGGUGUCAGUCCACGUCUUGGCAGAGGGAAAGUAUUCCCAGCAGAUGGACGGGCACUCGAGCGUCUGACGAAAUGCAUGGGAAUCACCAGGGAGCAAUUCCCCUUUGCCGACAAUGAACUUCCUCUCGAUCUCGACGCUCAAGGAUCCAACCGCAUACAGAAGACCUCUGAGGGGGACAGAAAAAUCACAUCGGAGAUAUGGUUAGCCCUCAAGGAAGUUAUGACGAAACAUCGGCAAGAGCAGAAGAAGAAGCUGGGAUAUCAGAAGAAGCGCAAUAAAGAUAAGGCACCGCCACUGAAACCGUCCGACCCAUACAGGGUCGGCAAGAAGGACAAUAAGGGAAAGGCGCCUAUACGAACGACGGGGAAGCAAGUGCGAGAAGAGAUGGAGGCGCGCGACGAUGUAGAGGUGGAGGACGUGGGAUUUGAAGUUUUACCCAUGUUGAUUAGCCAAAUUGGCCGUCAAAAACCUGGAGAAUCUUCACGAACGAACGCCGAGCCAGAGCCAGAGCCUCAAACUCAGCCCACGAAUGCACCCCAGGAAACAUUCAAUGCUCGGCCGCCCCGUGUACGUCCUAAGACCAAAUAUAGGCCUCCGCCUAAAAAGCAGGUACGCCGUACCGAACCUGUUCUGGAUCCUAAGAUGGCACCAGACGGACUACCCAAGAGAGAAAUCAACAAGCAUGCAUGGGAGACACUGAAGUCACUCACGAUGCGGAGACAAACAUUCACCAACGCCCAUGGAAAAAAGACUACAGAAGAACUCCCAGCGGUUAAAUUGAACGAUGUUGAUAGUACAUUUGGCCGCGAGCUCGGGUUUCGUAUGGAAUUUGGGAAGGGUCGGCACCGUAAGUUCAUUUGGAAUGAGAAUUGUGUAUUGCCAGAAUCGAGUCUGGUCAAGAAUUUCAACUUCAAUCCCGACAAGAAAGCGGCAAAAGGCUCGGACCUGAUACAGGAAACAAUGAACAAUUGGAGCUCAUGUUUGGAGGAAGCUGGGAUUACUUGGGACUUUGUAAAGCAGUGGUUCAUACAGAAGAAGGAGAAGAAAGAGGCGGAGGAGAAGCAGAAGAAGGAAAAGGAGAAGGAGAAGGAGACAUAGGAUGUUGGAUCCCAAGAGGCUGUUGUAA